AUGUGGUUGGCAAAAAUCAUCAAGGUAUAUGUUCAGAUUGCUGGAUAUCGUUUAUUGCUGCGUUGGGUAGGUGCAGAUGAGGAAGGAGAUGAUAAGUUCGAUUUUUGGGUCAAUAUUGGAAGUCGUAUACUUCAUCCUGUUGGGUAUGGUGGAUCGAUCCAGACAAAUAAACUUACCUACACUUAUAUGCCACCAAAAUUUAUUGCUGACCGUUGGACUGCUGAAGGCGAAGAGGCGGUUGCUAAACAUAUUCAAGCCACUAUGAUCCCCUUGCAACAUGUUCGCACUCUUCGCCGCCAGUUUGAACAGGAUCGAAAGCGAAUAAUCUGCGAGCCUGUUUUCAAAGUGAAUGAUAGAGUGGAAUUGCUAGAUUACAAUAACUCUACUCGUGUGCGUCCAGCUCGUGUUAAGAAAGUGGUUGGGCGGCGAAUUUGCGUUCAUGUGAGAGACGACGAUUUUGACGGUGAAGUGGAGGACGACGAUCGCCAGUUUGGUGAUGAUGCCGAAUUUUGGGUAGACCAGUCUAGUUUCUAUCUCUUCCAUGUUGGCUGGGCAUGUUACAAUAAUUACGGUCUUGGCUCAACGAAGGAGUACAGGAGACAUGCCCAACAGAUCGCUGACGCGCUGACCAAGGGAGAAGACCCACCGUAUGCUUCUGGCGAUGUAACCCCGCAGAAGAUCCGUUCCUGGACUGCCAACAAAGAUACUCCAUUUGAGUGGAAGAAGGGAAUGCGAUUCGAACUUAUGGAUCCUUUAGCCCAGAUGUUCAAUGAGCUGCGAGUUGCUAGUGUUCUGGAGGUGUUAAAGGGUGGAUACCUUCGCGUUGGGAUGGAUGGACCUGAUGUUGAGACAGAAUGCAUCCCACUUCAUUGCACCAGCACUUUCAUGUUCCCUGUUGGGUAUGCGCAAAAGUAUGACAUUAAAUUGGGAGGCCCCAAUGAUACAGAGGAGUUUCAUUGGGAUGAUUAUUUGCAGCAGGCUGGAGCAAUAGCCGCGCCUGAAUCACUUUUCCGCCCAGUUCCGGAUAAAAGUUUCAUGGAUUAUUUCCAGAUUGGCGCUAAAUUGGAAGCAUCUGAUAUGUGUGAGAAUCAUCUAAUCUGCCCAGCUACGGUUGCAGCGCACAAAGGGCGCUUGCUUCAGAUUCAUUUCGACGGGUGGGAGGAUUCGUAUGAUCAACUGUUUGACGUUUUUUCAAGUGAUAUUUUCCCAUUGGGUUGGUGCGAAAUGCAUGGUUACAAGCUCGAACCACCAAAGGCGGAAGAGGAACAACCUGCGAAGAAAAAGAAAAAGAAGUGA